GGUGCGGGCUCCUCGGCCGGCGCCGGCGCCUCCAACCCGCGCAAGUUCAGCGAGAAGAUCGCGCUGCAGAAGCAGCGGCAGGCGGAGGAGACGGCGGCCUUCGAGGAGGUGAUGAUGGAGAUCUGCUCCACCCGGCUGCAGGCGCAGAAGCUGAGGCUGGCUCACAGCCGCGGACCCUACUACAGCGGCUCGCUGCCCAAUGUCAAUCAGAUCGGGAGCGGCGUCUCCGAGUUCCAGGGCCCUUUGCACUCACCGCUGGACUCCACACGCAGCACCCGGCACCACGGCCUAGUGGAGCGAGUGCAGCGGGAUCCACGCCGGAUGAUGUCCCCUCUUCGACGAUACGUGCGCCAGAUUGACAGCUCUCCCUACGGACCGACCUACCUGUCACCUCCACCAGAGCCCAGCUGGAGGAGGACUAUGCCCUGGGGUAACUUUCCUAUGGAGAAAGGACAUUUGUUUAGGCUGCCGUCGGCUCUGAACAGAACAAAUUCUGAUUCUGCGCUUCACACGAGCGUGAUGAAUCCCAACCCCCAGGAUGCGUACCUGGGCCCCUCGCAGGGUGCCCCGCCGCCCAGCCGCAGGAGCGGUUUUCUGGACGGGAACACAGACAGCAAAGUGUUUCUUUUCCAAGUGCCUCCCAUUGAAGAGAACUUUGACGACAACAAGCAUUCACUGAAGCCCUGGGACACCAAGAAGCUCUCGUCGUCCUCAGCCCGUCCACGGUCCUGCGAAGUUCCCGGGAUCCAUAUAUUUCCAUCCCCAGAUCAGCCUGCCAACGUCCCCCUGAUCCCCUCGGCCCUGAACACGGGCGGCUCCCUUCCCGACCUCACCAACUUGCACUUCCCCUCCCCGCUGCCCACUCCCCUCGACCCGGAUGAGACUGCCUACCCCAGCCUGAGCGGGGGGAACAGCACCAGCAACCUGGCCAACACUAUGACGCACCUGGGCAUCAGCAGCAGCAUGGGACUGGGGACAGGCUACGACUCACCAGGACUUACCUCACCUAUGCAGAGCUCCCUGAGUAACCCGUCCUUGCAGUCCUCGCUUAGCAACCCCAACCUGCAGGCCUCCCUGCGAAGCCCCUCGCUCCAGUCCUCCCUUAGCAACCCCUCGCUGCAGUCCUCGCAAAGCAGCUCCUCCAUCCCCUCAUCGCUCUCCAACCAGUCCCUGCCCUCCUCGCUCUCCUCCUCGCUCAGCAACCCGUCCCUCCCCACGUCCCCCCGCAGCCAGUCCAUGCAGUCCUCCCCCAGCAACCCCAGCCUGCAGUCCAGCUUUAGCGGCUCCUCUUACCCCCCCAUGGUGCAGGCGUCCAUAAACACCUCGCCCCGCCGACGGGUCCCGCUCAGCCCCCUCACCCUCCCAAUGGGUGGCGACUCCAGAAGGCAGCACCCCAAACAGUUCUCACCAACAAUGUCACCCACAUUGUCCUCCAUCACCCAGGGGGUGCCCCUGGACACCAGCAAGCUGCCGGCCGACCAGCGGCUCCCGCCGUACUCCUACAGCCAGCCGGGCCUGCUCCUGCAGUCCCACCCGCAGCAGAGCCAGAAGCCCCUGCCCCAGGCGGUGCAGAGCCCGCCGCAGCCAGCACUGCCCCCCGCCCCGCCGGCGCGGCCGCCCGCGCAGCCGGCGCAGCAGCCCGUGCCGCAGAGCACGGCCCCGCAGCGCCCCUACGCCUCGCCGUACCAGCCUAACGCCUCCCUGCAGCCGCAGCAGCUCGGCCAGCCCCUGAGCGACUUCGGCCUGGGCAGCUUCGACCAGUUUGGCAUGGGGGAAAGCCCCACGGGCAACAGCAACACCUUCUCCGAGGACCUGGGUGCCUUAAACUACCACCAGGCAGACAACGCCUACGACCCCCACGUCCUGAACCGGCAGAACCUGAGCAACUGCAGCCGCCAUGGCCCCAUCCCCAACAUCAUCCUCACAGGGGACUCCCCGCCCGGCAUCUCCAAGGAGAUCGCGACGGCGCUGGCCGGGGUGCCCGGCUUCGAGGUGGACACGUCGACCCUGGGCCUGGAGGAGGAUCUCAAAAUCGAACCACUCACCUUGGACGGACUGAACAUGCUGAGCGACCCCUACGCCCUGCUCACGGACCCGGCCGUGGAGGACUCCUUCCGGACGGACCGGCUGCAGUGAGCGGGUGCCGAGGAGAGACUCCGCGAGCAGCGCAAACAAGCCCGGCUUCCAGACCGCCGCGCGCCCCGGGGCCGGCGGCCCCGGCCCCGCGGCUGCGCCAGCCCGGCGCCCUCCUGCCCGCUCUCCCCCCAGCCCCUUUUACUUUCGUUUCCAUACGGUAAAACACCCCGGGCGAGGGCGGCCGGCGCGGGCCCGGGGCCGAGCCCUGGCCGCCAGUGCGCGGAGGAGCGCCGGGGGCGCCAGCCGGGGCGCCCCGGCCCCACGGCAGGCGGUGGGGGCCCCGCGCCCGGCGGCUCUUCCCUGUACAUAUGUCCCGUAGCUAGAGACCCCUCCGCGCCGCCGGGGGAGGGGAGGGAAGGGGGGGGGGCUGCUUCUCUUCUGUUCCGUUUUUUUCCAGCUAAUCAUCAUGUUUAAGGAGAAAUCCCUCCCCGCGCCCCCGUUUCCCGCUACGCCGCGUGCCCCCGGCCCCGCGCCGCCGCGCCGCCGGGGGCCCCGCUCGGGGCGCGGGCCCUGUAUAAAAGCACUUGUAACUUUGAUCCCUCGUCUGUGGUGAGGCCGCGUCCGCGCCGGGGGUCGGGGGUGGGGGGCAGG